AUGGCGAAUGCUGCGAAUACAUCUCGGCUGCGAAGAGCGACAUGCCACUACGAGUACAUGAUGUCCACACUCCAGGACAAGGCCGAAAACAACCCCAGUCUCAAACUUCUGGACGUAGGUUGUGGAUCCGGAUCCAUCACCAUCGAGCUGGCGAAACUUAUUCCCAACGGCCCAGUCACAGGUCUAGACAUCUCCGGUGCGAUUCUGGGGUCGGCGAAAGUACAUGCAGAAAGACAAGGUGUUGCGAAUAUCAGCUUCGUCAAAGGCGAUGUUCACGAACUACCUUUUCCGGAUGGAUCUUUCGAUGUGGUGUGUACGCAUCAAGCUGUCGCACACUUCCACGACCAUAGUAAGGCUAUACAAGAACUUACUCGAGUCACGAGAAAGGGUGGAGUGGUAUGUUUGAGGGAAGGCGAUCUUCGCACGGGGAAGUUUUCGCUUGGAUACGAACUCCUGGAUGAGUGUUUUCAGAUUAUCAUCAAAGUCCACGAAGGACAAGGCGGUACUUCCGACGCCGGUCGAAGGUUGACACAAUGGGUUCAGGAUGCUGGUAUUUCUAUGCAGAGGGUUACGGCGACGCAGAGUGUUUGGAUUUAUGAUACCCCGGAAGGCAGGAGGGAUUAUGGUGGGCAUUGGCCUGCGAGGUGUACGCAGGGGGUCUUUGCUGAGAGGGCGGUUGAAAUGGGUGUGACGAUUGAGAGGUUGGAGCAGUACGCCGUUGCUUGGAAGCGGUGGAUUGAGGAUGAGAAUGCUUCGUUCUCAAUGGUACAUGGAGAAGUGAUUGCCGUUAUUUGA